ACAGCCCAGUAGCCCCUAAUCCCAUUCCUAUAGUUAGAAAAAAAUGGAAGUGGAGGUACUCGAGUCGAGCAUGGUGGCGCCGAGCGAGUUGACACCCAAGCAUACCCUGUGGCUCUCCAACUUGGACCUGCAGUUUCCCAGCACGCACUACACACCCGUGGUUUUGCUCUACCGGCCUAGCUCAAGAAUGGCUUCCUUCUCGCUCGACAUCAUGAAGGCCGCCCUGUCCAAGGCGCUCGUCCCCUACUACCCCCUCGCAGGGCGGCUCACGGUGGACGGCAGCACCGGCCGCCCGGAGAUCAGCUGCACCGGCGACGGGGUGCUCUUCGUCGCGGCCCACGCAGGUGGAACCCUCGGUGACCUGGGCGACCUCGCCCCGUCGGAGGUGCUGCGGCGGAUGCUUGUCCCCUCGGCGGCGGACGGCAGCGGCCACGCCGGUGUCGUGCUGGUCAUGUUGCAGGUGACCUUCUUCAGGUGCGGCGCCGUGUGCCUGGGCAUCGCGACGCAGCACAUGGCGUCGGACGGCCGUGGCGUUUCCCACUUCCUCAACACCUGGGCAGCCAUAGCGAGGGGCGGCGUCGACGAGGCUGCCACGCUGCCACGGCCGUUCCUCGACCGCCCGCUGCUCCGAGCGCGCUCCCCUCCUGCCGCCGUGCGGAUCGAGCACGCCAAAUACCCCCGGCGUGGACUUCGGUUGGGGUCGGCCAGCAUUCUUCCGCAGGGCCACCAUGAGGCGCGGCGGCCUUAUGUAUCUUGUUCCCUGCCUCGAAGGUGA